AUGGUCCUAAGAUCCCCACACAAACCACUCACCCGCACAACACAGGACAUCCGGCUUUUAACUUUCGACACAACCCACAAGGCACCCUCAGAGUCCAAUUUUGCGCCGCCAGUUGUCUCUCUCUUCCUCAGUCAUGCCCCCCUCUCCGCAUCACCGCCGCCCUUCCAGGCCGUGUCGUACAUCUGGGGCAACCCGAACCCCGACGAGCCCCUUCCUACGAUCCAUCCCGACUACUUCCCCAUGACUGUCGCGCCCAGCCUUUAUUUGAUCGUGCAGGAAGUGGUGCUGGCUUGGAAAGGGGUGGUUUCGUGCGGGAGCGGUGAGGGGGUGGUAAUGGGCUGGGAGGAUAUUCGGGAUGCGCUGCAGUUGCUCGAGUGGAUGAUCCUUUCUUCGAAUAUUGAUCCCAAGUAUCGGCGGCUGCACGAGUUCCUGGGGGGCAUCAUGUCCAGUGUUGUGCGUCUCGAGGAGACCCUAAAUGCCUACAGGCUCAUUCUGCGUAAAGGGAAGGAUUACUCGGAGAAGACAACGCUCAGCACAGUCCUCACGCACCUCGCCACAGCUAUAAUACAAGAAUAUGGCCCGAAGGUGCUAUGCUAUCAUCGGGAGACUGCUCGUUGGGCCCACGAGGGACUUCCCUCGGCACCUGGAAAACCGACCAUCGGUGCCACGGAUAGACUUCAUUGGCCUUUGCACAGAACGGCAGAGACUACAGUGGUUGGAGAGUGGAAGCUCGCCCUCUUCUUGCAGAGGAUAAUGAUGUCAACUGCGAUCCGUAUUGGUUCAGAGUUCACUAGUGUCCCAGGACAGGAGGAUUACCGCAAAAACUCGGACCGUUCGUCUUCGGAUGUUCGCAUCUUAAGCAUGUUUGAGGCAAGGCACUCUACGCAAUCGAGCCUGGUAAAGCCCACUCAUUGCACUCAGAGUCUGGUGAAAGCCGAAGGUGAACGGACCAAGUUUCUGCGGUACCUGACCGCAUAUCGCGCAUGGCUUGAAGAGACACUUAACUUGCCACACCACCCCUUUAUUUUACACGCACCCGUUUUGACUUCAGACACCAUCUCACUCCACCAAACACAUAUCACCUACUCGUCUCAGCUACAAGCAGAAGCGCCUCGCGCUCCCAGUCUUUCCCUGCCGGAACGCUCUGAGAAGUCGCAGCUGGAAUCUCCAGGGAAAGAGUCUUCUAGCCCAGACGAGUGCACUGGAGUCGAGAUGAAAGAUCCACCGUUUUGUGUGAAGAUUCCCGACGAAGGAAUGUUCGAAACAUUCAUGCGCAUGAAUAUCAGUCGCGCCGUCAGUAAUUUUGACAGUGCACCAAGCCUUCAGGGCAUUGAUCCUAUCCAUCGCCAACCUCAUCAUAUCGUCAACCUGAUUGCAUCGCUAAAAGGUCUUUAA